GAUGAGCUUCGAUGGGAGGUUUGAGGGACGUGCGGCCGUUGUUGUUGCCGGGGCCAGACGACACCCAAGCGGCUACGGCGGCAGAAAAGUUGCCGUUUUCGGUCCCCCUCUCCCUCUCAGAAGGAGCUUGAGAGGAGGAAGGACAGACGGAGUCCAACGGCCAUGCUGUGUCGCAGCCUCCCACUGCUGGUCUUCCUGUCGAGGCCCCUUCUUGAGGCAGCCGCAGCAGGCACAGAAUCAUCAUUCCAUUUACCAGCACCACAGAAUGUGACAGUUGUCUCAUACAAUUUUCAAAGCAAGUUAAAAUGGUCUCCUGUUAUGGGGAUCAAUAACAGUGCCGUCACAUACAGAGUUGAAUAUUGCACAACAUCAUAUACAUUCUGGGAAAGUUUUAAAAAUACUACGAAGCCUGAAUGUGAUUUCUCAAGAGAGAUCAAAAUAUGGUGGGAAGUCAUUUUCCGUGUUAGGACCGAACAAGGGGAAUUAACAUCUGACUGGGUAGAAGCCUCUCCCUUUCAAGCAACAGAUAAAACUAUUUUAGGUCCUCCAAGAGAAAUAGAUGUGACCACAGGAUCUAACUCUCUUGUUAUUAGCUAUAAGGCUCCCUUUGACAGUAAUUCAAGUUUCUUUCCUUUAAAAUAUAAUAUAUUUUACUGGGAGAAGUCAACAUAUAAGGACCCACCUUCAUCUGACAAGAUGGAGGCAAGGAACACCAGCGAUACAAAGUGCAAACUUAAGAAUCUGAAGGAAAUGACAGAGUAUUGUUUUCGUAUACAAGCAAUGCUUCCUGAACAUAAUCUACAUGGAGAAUUAAGUGAUACUUACUGCAAAACAACCUCUCUCAGUGAGACGUCAAAGAUUUUAUCGAUCACACUGCCAUUCAUAUUUGCGCUUGUUGUACUUGUUGUAAUAUUUCUCUGCUUGCUGAUUAUACAGAAGUAUCAAAAUGUACUUAAAUCUCUUUGGCGACCUCCUCUUAGAAUACCAUUGCAUUAUGAAGAGGAUUUACAAAAUUCUCAAAUGACUGUGACUGAAGAAUUUAAGAACUGUACAGGAGAAGAACAUUGGGACUCUGUGUCAGUUAUCUCCCAUGUGGAACAAAACCCAACUAUGACAAACCACAUAGAUGACAAUAAUCAAGAUCAGCUUCUAGAAACAAAUGAUUUUAGAUGACAAGAUAAAAUACCUUCAUCUUUCUUUGGUUCAGUGAUGAUGAAUCCUACUUUUCAAUUCCAGAGGAUAUUAUUUCAGUGGCUUCAUUAGAAACAGCCUCUAUCUGUACUGUGGCAUACUGACAUACUUUCAUGUAUGUUGAACUGUAAACUAGAGGUACGAGAGUCCCUUCCUCCACUGAUGGAGAAGAGUAUUUUCCCUAAAGAUUAUUUACAUUAUUGUCUGUCAACUGAGAGACUAAAAUGAAGAUGAACUCAGUUUUAGUAUAAAUUUCAGCUACUGAAACAAUGUGAGACUCUGCAAAUGCAGUUAGUACAGUAGCAUAUAAAUACACAGAAGAGCAUGUUCUAGUAAUCUCAUCCCAUGGACUGAGGCAUCUGGAGAAGACAGAAAACCUUGUCAGCCUUUUUUUGACUUUAAGUGCAAUCCUAAAAAGAUAGAGUGGUUAAUUAGGUUUGAUAAGUUACUUGUUGACCUCCAGGUGGAAGAGGAGCCAGUUAGCCUACCAGCCAAAGGCAGACGAGAGGCCUUUCUUUAUUGACUGUGAUUCUGUGUGUCCAUUCACGUAAUGAUAAUCUCUCACAUAAUGAACUUUACUUUGGACUGUCCUUGUUGGGUGGCUGCUCAGAUGAUUCAGACAGUGCAGACUGCAGUAUCUACACUUCCAACCAGAAUAUGCAAGGAAGAUCAUAUUCCAGUUUCAAGGCGACUGCACAGGCUGCCAGUGCGCAUUUGGGCUCAUUGUAAGGUGCUACUGUCCAUCAUUUAAAAUGUGGCAAGUCAUAUAUUCUUUGGGCAGUGCCUAUACUUUUCUCUACAAUCCCUGGGUAUUUUGCUCCUCAUUUCUUUCUUCACUGUUGUAGUGAGGUCUGAAAGGUAUACAGUAGGGUGAAAUGCCUUCUCUGAAAAGAUUUGGUUUGCUUUUACUAUAUAAUUUCUGCUGUCAGCUGAAAUUUCUAAAAGCAUUUUAUAAAGCAAACCAUUGUAUUUUGGGACUAUCUGCUGCUGAUUCAUGUGUCCUUGUAAUUAGUCAUUCAGUUCUAAGCUGGCUGUAUAGUGCCUUGAGUAUCACUGAACAAGUAAGAAGGAAAACAAGGGCUAACAUUUCUUUACUAGACAGACCCUAAAAUUGUAUUUCAAAAUCUCCUAUAUUAGACCAACUAGCAGAUUGAAUGUGUUAAGUAUUGUUUAUACCUGAACUGGUAAUACAACAGAAGUGAAUAGACCACUAGUACCAAGAGAUGUGGGGGGAGGUAAUAUAGAAAUAUUGAGCAAAUUUUCUGGGGAAAAAUUGUUAUUUAAAUAUAUCAAGACUUAAGAAUAUUCUUUGUCCUGCAAUAAUAAUGCUUUAACCUGAAUUUUUUUGUUAAGCAGAACCAUUUCACAGAAUGUAUCAGAAGAAAACAGACAUUGUUAUGAGCUUUUGUAAAACAAUUGUGAUUUCAUAUACUGUAAACAAAUUAAGACAAUCAAA